GUAUUUCCUGUUUAGACAGACGUCACACCCUCUAAAACAAUGGACGGAAAAGCAUGUUUAUAUUGAUUAUUUGUGACAUGGUUGUCAUAACAACCGGUGUUGUAAUGGAACGUUGUAGGAUGGUGUGAUCAGACAGCUAAAUUUGUUAGCAGGAUGAUCACACACAUGUUCCGUAAAGCCAGUUGCUUCUCACCGGGGCUGCGUCGCUUUUCUGGCCUGAAAGUGACGGAACAUGUGCCCGAGAGUCCAGCUUCCCCUCGUCUCACUGAACAGGCGUCAUUAUAUGUGCACUGGCCCUAUUGUCUCCGAAGGUGCACCUACUGCAAUUUUAACAAAUACAUAUCCAAAGAGAACAACGAAGACAUCAUGGCAAAGUGUCUUCAGAGGGAAACUGAGACAUUGCUGCAGCUCAGUCAAGUGUCCUGCAUCACAUCAGUUUUUUUUGGUGGUGGGACUCCAAGCCUGGCUCACCCAUCAACCAUCGCUAAGAUCCUUGAAACGGUUUCCAAGCAAGUGAAUCUCUCAGAUGAAGCUGAAGUUACACUGGAGGUAAACCCUACCCCUGUGGGGAUGUCAAAGUUAAAAGACUACCACCAUGUUGGGGUGAACCGUUUCUCCAUUGGCAUCCAGUCUCUGCAGGACAAGGACCUGAAAAGUUUGGGAAGAGACCACAACUCCCUGGAUGCUUUGCAGACUCUGGCAGAGGCCAGGAAGCUGUGUCCAGGUGGGGUGUCGGUGGAUAUUAUGUUCGGACGCCCCAACCAAACAACUGACUUGUGGAGCAGAGAGUUGUCUGAAAUGCUGAGGGUGUGUGAUGACCAUGUGUCUCUGUACCAGCUGACCCUUGAGAGAGGUACUCAGCUGUUUAAACAGGUUCAGUCUGGACAAGUAACUAUGCCCACAGAGGAAAUUACAGCAGAGAUGUACCAAUGUGCCAGAACAACUCUCCAGCAGCAUGGCUUUCAGCAGUAUGAAGUGUCUAACUUUGCUAAAAAUAAUUCAGAGAGUCGUCACAACCUGAGCUACUGGAAGGGAAAACAGUACAUCGGUGUUGGCCCUGGAGCUCAUGGACGUUUUGUUCCCCUGGGGGAGGGAGGCGUUACCCGUGAGGCCCGGACACAGACCCUGGAGCCAGAUGUGUGGAUCCACGAAGUCCGGCAGCGAGGACAUGGGACAAGGAGGCGGAUCCAGCUGGGCCAUCUUGAACUAUUAGAGGAGGUGUUAGUGAUGGGAAUGAGAAUGACCAAGGGCGUUAAUCACAAGCACUGGGAGCUGUUUAGCCCUGAAUUAAGUCUUCUUGAAAUAUUUGGUGGAUCUCUUGCUGUCCAAGAGCUGCUGCAGAAUGGACUCCUGAUUCUUGAUGACAGGGGUUUGAGAUGUUCCUGGGAUGGUCUGGCCUUAUUGGACAGCAUGCUUCCUGUUUUGCUGGUGGAACUGGAUAGAAUUUUUUCCCCAAAAACUGGCAGCUAACUGACAAUGAAGAUCUAUAACUCUUUAAAUCACAACCAUGUAAAAAAAAAAGAAAAAAAAAAAGAAUUUGCACAAUCUGUUGAAUUGUCUAAACAUGACAGUUAUGUGUAAAAGAAUAAACUAUUUAUUUGUUUAAAAAAUA